UCAUUGCUUGCGGAUCGUUUACCACACUGUGCAGUUUUUCGAAAUGUAUAGCUGGCGGUAUGUAGCUUGCGGUUUGCUUUGCUUGCUGGUGAUCGCCAUCGACCAGUGCCAUGGACAGGAGCACGAACCGUGCACCACGCCAAACGGGACCGCCGGACGCUGUGUACGGGUGCGUGAGUGUGGUUACAUUCUUGACUUGCUGCGGAAGGAUCUGUUUGCGCACAGCGAUACGGCUCACCUGGAGGGGCUGCAGUGUGGCACACGGCCCGAUGGAGUGGCCCUCGUAUGCUGUCCUGCGUUUGUGAACGAGCCGAACUGUGGGCCGGCCGCUUUUGGCGUCCGUAUCAUCGGUGGCAACGAUACGGAGCUGGGCGAAUUUCCUUGGAUGGCGAUGCUGCGGUUUCAGGCACGCAAUCGUAAGAUUCACGGCAACUGUGGCGCAUCACUGGUUAGCAAGCGGUUUGUGCUGAGUGCUGCCCACUGUUUCACCGCGGCGAAGAGCAAGGGAUGGAAAAUCCACUCGGUGCGCGUUGCGGAAUGGAAUUUCAUGAACCAUCGCGGAAGCAAGGACUGCAAGCAGGUCAAAGGCUACGACGUACCGAUCUGCCGAAAGGAUUACGAUGUCGCCCGCUUUGUGCAGCAUCCCGAGUAUCGCGUUAACGCGGGCGUACACGUGAACGAUAUUGUGCUGAUCGAACUGGCAGCGGACGUGGAGUACAAUGUCUUUGUCGCACCGAUAUGUUUGCCCGUUUCCAACGACACGGCCCAGUUACCGUGGGGGUCGUCGGAUGAACCAGAAAUAGAGUACACAGCAGCAGGCUGGGGUUCGACCGAAUCAGGGAAGGAGUCCACCGGUAUGUCGUACCAGCUGAAGCAGAUCAAUCUUCGCGCAUUCGACAAGGAGCGAUGCAAGAAGCUGUUCCAGGUGCCCAGUGGGGUCGGUGUUGGGUUGGGCCAUAUAUGUGCUGGUGGCAUUCGCGAUGAGGACACGUGCCAUGGGGAUUCGGGCGGGCCGCUGAUGGAAGCGGUGGGCGGUGUGUGGUAUUUGGCCGGCAUAACCAGCUUCGGGUGGCCCCGCUGUGGCCGAGACGGUGUGCCAGGGGUGUACACGAACGUUAGCCACUACAUGGGAUGGUUGGAGCGGGAGAUGUUCCGUGGAAUUUUGGUGUAGAAUUUAGUUCUGCUCGCGCUGUUCGGUAAACAAUAAAUGAGGACUUGU